GCGGCUGCCGGGAGGAUGUGGAGGCGGCGGCGGAGGCUGCUGCUGGUGCCGCUGCUGCCGCUGCUCGGGUCGUCGUCGUCGUCGGCGCCUUGGUGCGGGCGCUGCGCUGCGGGCGGCGGCGCACUGCUCUCGCUGCUGCUGCUCCUGGCGCCGCUGGCCGGGACGCUGCGAGCCUUCAACUUGGACCAGGAGAAGCUCGCCGUCUACGGCGGCCCCGACGGCAGCUACUUCGGCUACGCGCUGGAUUUUUACAGCCCUGCGCCCCACGCAGUAAGUGUCCUAGUCGGAGCUCCUAAGGCCAACACUACCCAGCCAGACAUCGUAGAAGGAGGAGCAGUCUACCAUUGCCCUUGGCCAGCCGCUGACUGCAAACAGAUCCCAUUUGAUAAUACAAACAACAGAAAAAUCAAGGUCAAUGGUACAAGGGAGCCCAUUGAGUUUAAAUCCAAGCAGUGGUUUGGAGCAACAGUCAGAGCUCAUAAAGGAAAAGUUGUGGCCUGUGCUCCCCUGUAUCACUGGAGGACCCUGAGGGCAGUCCCUGAAAAGGAUCCCGUUGGCACCUGCUAUGUAGCAAUUCAGAAUUUCAGCGCCUAUGCUGAGUACUCUCCUUGUCGCAACGACAAUCCGGAUCCUGAGGGACAAGGUUACUGUCAAGCAGGAUUCAGCUUAGACUUUUACAAGAAUGGAGACCUCAUACUAGGGGGACCUGGAAGUUUUUAUUGGCAAGGCCAGAUUAUCACAAGUAGCAUAGCCGAUAUUAUCACAGACUACUCCUUCAAAAAUAUCCUGAAGAAGCUAAGCCGAGAAAAACAAACUGGAGUGGCACCGUCAAUAUAUGACGACAACUAUCUGGGAUACUCAGUGGCUGCUGGUGAGUUUACUGGAGAUUUUCAACAAGAGCUGGUAGCUGGAGUCCCAAGAGGUGCACAGAACUUUGGCUAUGUUUCGAUUAUAAAUUCCACAGAUUUGACCUUUAUUCAGAAUUUCACCGGUGAACAGAUGGCAUCUUACUUUGGAUACACGGUUGCAGUGUCAGAUGUUAACAAUGAUGGGUUGGAUGACAUCCUAGUCGGUGCUCCUCUCUUUAUGGAGCGUGAAUUUGAGAGCAAUCCUAAGGAGGUUGGGCAGGUGUAUCUCUACCUACAAGAGAGUGCCUUGUACUUCAGAGAACCUCAGGUGCUGUCUGGCACUGAGGUGUUCGGCAGAUUCGGCAAUUCCAUCGCACAUCUUGGAGAUCUAAACCAGGAUGGAUUUAAUGACAUUGCAAUAGGAGCACCAUUUGCUGGAGAAGAUAGAAGGGGGAAAGUCCUCAUUUUCAAUGGAGCUAAUAAUGGGUUAAAUCCUAACCCUUCCCAAGUUCUCCGCGGUAUGUGGGCCUCCCAAUCAAUGCCUGCGGGAUUUGGCUUUACACUAAGAGGAGACUCCGACAUAGACAAGAAUGAUUACCCAGAUCUGAUUGUAGGUGCAUUUGGAGCUGGCAAGGUAGUUGUUUACAGAGCGAGGCCGGUGGUGACAGUCGAUGCGCAGCUCUUGCUUACCCCAGUGAUCGUAAAUCCGGAAAAUAAAACCUGCCAGAUUCCCGGCUCAGUGACUUUGGUGGCUUGUUUUACUGUAACUGUCUGUGUGGCUUUUGAAGGUCCAGGCAUUUCAGAAAAAAUAGCUCUGAGAGCUGAACUCCAGCUAGAUGUGUUAAAAGUGAAAGGAGCUGUUAAGCGUGCUCUCUUGCUUGACUACCAUCAGCCCCAGCAUGUCUUCCUCUUCACAAUAGACAGGCAGAAGCGGCUCACUUGCAAGGACUUUGUGGUUUAUCUCAGAGAUGAAACUGAAUACCGAGAUAAAUUGUCUCCAAUCAGCAUAAGUUUGAACUACAGCUUGGAUGAAUCCACCUUUUCAGAUGGUUCAGCUGUGAACCCAAUAUUGAACUAUUACCAAGAAAAGUACAUCGGGGAGCAGGCUUACAUUCUUGUGGAUUGUGGAGAAGACAACGUGUGCAUUCCUGACUUGAAACUUUCCGCUGUGCCGGAUAGAGAUCAGAUCAUAAUUGGGGAGGAAAACUGCGUCACGCUUAUGAUCAACUCAAGAAAUGAAGGCGAAGGUGCCUACGAGGCUGAGCUCCAUAUUAAGAUACCCCCAGAGGCAGAUUACACCGGUGUAGAGCGUAACAGCAAGGCCUUGCGCGUGCUGAGCUGCGAUUACAAGAUGGAAAAUGAAACUAGAAUGGUGAUUUGUGACCUCGGGAACCCCAUGGCAGCUGGAACAAAUUUUUCUACAGGCAUCCGGUUUACCGUUCAGCGUUUUGAAAAUGCUGAAUUCAGCAUCCAGUUUGAACUGCAAGUGAGAAGUUCCAACAAGGUUAAUCCCAACAGUAAUCUGGUUGACCUUCAGAUCGACAUAAGUGCAGUAGCUCAAGUACAGGUCAGAGGAGUCUCCCAUCCUCCACAAAUCAUUUUGCCCAUUCAUAACUGGGAACCAAAGGAUGAACCUACUAAAGAAGAUGAGAUUGGACCUUUGGUGGAGCACAUAUACCAGUUGCAGAACAUUGGGCCAAGUGCCAUCAAUGAUACAGUCUUGUAUGUGGAAUGGCCAGUUCUGAGCAGAAAGGAAUUCCUUCUUUACAUCCUUCACAUUCAGACACAUGGACCACUGCAAUGUCAAACAAGCUCUGCAAUCAAUAGUUUGGAAGUAAAGUUUGCUGUCCCAGAGGACACUCCAGAACUCGCUGCUUUUUUACGCAACUCCUCCAUUCCCCACUAUGUUGGACGGAGGGAAGCCAAAGUGGUGGAGCAUCAAAAGAACUCUGCAAAAGUUCUGAACUGCACAAAUGUGGAGUGCUUGAUGAUAACUUGUUCAGUGGGACUCUUAGAAAGAGGGAAAAGUGCUGCACUGAAAAUACGGUCUCGUUUGUGGGCUUCAACAUUUCUACAGAGGAAAAAUGACCACUACUCUCUUUCUGUCAAUGUGUCAUUCGAAGUAAAGAAGAUGCCGUACAAAGUUCAGCCAACAAAACUCCCUGAAGGAAGCAUAGCAACCAAAACAUCUGUUAUUUGGGCUACUCCAAACAUUUCUUUUAUAAUCCCGCUGUGGGUUAUAAUAUUAGCCAUACUCCUCGGACUGCUGGUUUUGGCUAUGUUGACCUUAGCAUUGUGGAAGUGCGGCUUCUUUGACAGAGCGAGGCCCCCUCGAGAUGACAUGGCUGACAGGGUGCAACUGACAAGUGACAAGACUACUGACACAUAGGAAGAGGAGAGUCCCCCUGGUCAAGAGCAGAAAAGUACAACAGAUUCCACUUACCAGGAACUUUCUUGCCAAGAUGUGGUCGUAAUCCGAACUACGCAGUGUUCUACACAUUCACUGCAUAAAUGACCUUAGAUGGGAAGACAAGAACAAUGAUCACAGCCUCAAAAACAUAACCAGCUGAUGAGCAGCA